GGGUUACCUCCUCAUUAGUCAUAGAGGGCAAUUCUAUGACCUGAAUUUCCAGUCUGGUCCCAGGACUAUAGGUCCUCUGAACCCCCAGAUGGGUUUCUAGGGGCCAAACUGGUGUCUGUCGAUGUCUGACCCUGGAGUGAUGCCAGGCGGAGAAGUCUUAGAAGGGCUUAAGCUCGUUUUAGCUGUUUGUUUGAACAAGAUCUCACUAGGUAGACAAGGCUGGCCUUCAGCUGCUAGGAUUAAAGGCAAGUGUCACCAUGCCUGUACUGGUUUUGUUUUUGUUUUUAUUUCUGAGGCAGGGUCUCAUGUAGCUCAGGCUGCCCUCAAACUCACAAUGUAACAGAGGUUGGGCUUCAACUCCUGAUCCUCCUGCCUCCACCUCCCAGUUGCCGGGGUGGUGUUAGCCAACACAUUUGGCUCUGUUUUGUGUUUUGAGGGAGUCUGGGACGGGACUAGAAAUCGCAAGGGCAGGGUAGGUCAAAGCUCCUGGCUGGGGGCGAUCAAGCUCACAGUGGCCCUGUGAAGAGGAUCUGCAGGACCUGGCUGCAUGCGACUGUAAACACGGUUUGGAGUGCAGGACCUGGCUGCAUGCAACGGCCCUGCUGGCAUCCCGGGGCUCCGAAGAGCUUCUGUGUUUCACCCAGCGGUUGGAGGACUUGGUGUGUUUCUGGGAGGAAGCGGCGAGCUCCGGGAUGGGCUUCAACUACAGCUUCUCUUACCAACUCGAGGGUGAGUCACGAAAGUCAUGUCGCCUGCACCAGGCGCCCACAGUCCGCGGCUCCGUGCGUUUCUGGUGUUCUCUGCCGACCGCCGACACGUCGAGCUUCGUGCCGCUGGAGCUGCGCGUGACGGCAGCCUCCGGAUCUCCUCGCUACCACCGCAUCAUCCACAUCAAUGAAGUUGUGCUCCUGGACGCCCCCGCGGGGCUGCUGGCGCGUCGGGCAGAGGAGGGCAGCCACGUGCUGCUGCGCUGGCUGCCACCUCCCGGAGCACCUAUGACCACCCACAUCCGCUACGAAGUGGACGUGUCUGCAGGCAACCGGGCGGGGGGCACGCAAAGGGUGGAGGUCCUGGAAGGGCGCACCGAGUGUGUUCUGAGCAACCUGCGGGGCGGAACGCGCUACACCUUCGCUGUUCGAGCGCGCAUGGCCGAGCCGAGCUUCAGCGGCUUCUGGAGCGCCUGGUCUGAGCCCGCGUCGCUGCUGACCGCUAGCGACCUGGACCCUCUCAUCCUGACGCUGUCUCUCAUCCUCGUUCUCAUCUCGCUGCUGCUGGCAGUGCUGGCCCUGCUGUCCCACCGCCGGACCCUGAAGCAGAAGAUCUGGCCUGGCAUCCCAAGCCCAGAGAGUGAGUUCGAGGGUCUGUUCACCACCCACAAGGGUAACUUCCAGCUGUGGCUGCUACAGCAUGAUGGCUGUCUGUGGUGGAGCCCAAGCAACUCCUUCCUCGAGGAUCCACCUGCCCACCUUGAAGUCCUCUCAGAGCGCUGCUGGGGGGUGCCACAGGCAGGGGAGCCAGGGGCGGAUGAUAAGGGGCCCUUACUGGAGCCAGUGGGCAGUGAACAUGCCCAGGACACCUACCUGGUAUUGGAUGGGUGGCUGCUGCCCCGGAGCCCAUGCAGUGAAGACCUCUCUGGAUCUGGAGACAGUGUGGACCCAGGGACUAUGGAUGCAGGCUCAGAAGCAUCUUCCUGCCCCUCGGACUUGGCCUCAAAGCCCCGGCCGGAGGGCACCUCCCCUUCCAGCUUUGAGUACACCAUCCUGGACCCCAACUCGCAGCGCCUAUGCCCGAGGGUACGGCCUCCUGAGCUCCCUCCCACCCCACCUCACCUGAAGUGCCUGUACCUUGUGGUGUCGGAUUCGGGCAUCUCAGCAGAUUACAGUUCGGGGGGCUCCCAGGGAGUCCAUGGGGACUCAUCUGGCGGGCCCUACUCCCACCCCUAUGAGAAUAGCCUUGUCCCAGACCCAGAGCGUCUGCACCCCAGCUAUGUGGCCUGCUCCUAGGACUCCAAGCUACAGGAUUCCAAGCCCACAGUUUCUUGAGCAGGGUUUGUGAGGCCUUUUUUGUUUUGUUUUGUUUUGUUUGUUUGAGACAGAGUUUCUCUGUGGCUUUGGAGGCUGUCCUAGAACUCUCUUUGAAGAACAGGUUGGUCUCAAACUCACAGAGAUCCGCCUGCCUCUUCCUCCCGAGUGCUGGGAUUAAAGGCAUGAGCCACCACCACCUGUCGAGGCCAUACUUAAAGAUACAGCUGACCUUGGCCCUCUGCUUAGCCCAUCCCGCCCAGGAAGUGACAGCCUUGCAAUGUUAAGAUGGACCGUUAGCUGUCUGUAUAUAGAAGUUUAAUACAUAUCGGUUUUUCUACCA